GAUGAAACAGAAAUAAAGAGAAGGUGAGUCACGAAAUUGAUAUCAAGUCUUGCCACUGAAAUUCAACCUGUUUCAGUUCCACCAACAAAAUGAAAUCACUGCUCGCCAUAACCGCAUUCCUAUCACUCUUCUGCCUCGCUACUCCACAAACCAAACAGUCAUGCUACAGCCCCAUUUACUGCCAAGGAGACCUCCUCCACCUGGUACAGUCCCUCAAGAUCUUCAACGACUCCAAAACCUUCGUGGACAUGGCCAUGAUCUACCCUGUCAACGACACCCUCACCAAAUUCCGAACCAUGAUGGCUGAAAACGACGAAAAUCCUAGCAGAGACACCGUAAAAGAAUUUGUGUACAAGAACUUCCAAUCCAUCGGAGAGCUUGAGGAAUUCUAUCCCAGGGACUACAAUCCAGAACCGAAGAUCGUCAAAGAAAUAAACGACCCGGUGAUCCGCAAGUUUACGCAGUCAAUCAUUUCGAUAUGGCCGUCUCUGACUAGGAAAGUGUCCUAUCACGUUCACGAUCAUCCUGACACUCAUUCUUUGAUUCCAGUGGAACAUCACUUCAUCAUUCCAGGCGGAAGGUUCAAAGAGUACUACUACUGGGAUUCCUACUGGAUCCUCAAAGGUCUUCUGCUCAGCGACAUGAUUGAGACCUCCAAGGGACUGAUCCAGAACCUUCUCUCUAUGGUGGAGCGAUACGGCUUCAUUCCGAACGGCGGCAGAAUUUACUAUCUGAACAGAUCACAGCCUCCUCUUCUCACCUUUAUGGUGGCCGAUUACGUCAAGUACACCAAGGACUUCGAGUUUUUGCGCAAUAACAUCGACACGUUGGACAAGGAGCUGAAUUUCUGGCUCAACCAGAGGACCAUCAACGUUGAGAGAGACGGGAAAGUUUACCAAUUGGCUCAUUACGAUUCUGAGAGUGAUACGCCUAGGCCGGAAUCCUAUUUGGAGGAUAUUGAAACUUGCUCUCAACUGGAUAGUGAGGAUGCUAAGUUCGAGUGCUACACAGAUUUGAAAAGUGGGGCAGAAAGUGGCAUGGAUUUCACGAGUCGGUGGAUAUUCGAUAAAACUGGAAAUCCUACUGGCAAUCUCACCUUCAUCAGUACAAGAAGGAUCGUUCCAGUGGAUUUGAAUGCUUUUCUCUACAAAGCUUUCAAAGUUAUGUACAAAUUCAAUUUAAUUUUGCAAAAGAAUGAUGACGCGAAGGUCUGGCACGACUUAGCAGAAAAAUGGAAGGAUUCCAUUGAAAAUGUAUUGUAUCAUCAGGAAGAUGGCAUAUGGUACGACUUCGACCUGAAGCUGGAGAAACCGCGACGCUACUUCUUUGCCAGCAACUUCAUCCCCCUGUGGGCGGGCGCCUUCGAUGAGUCCGUUAGGGAAGAGAGGGGUGGCAAGGCAGUAGAAUACUUGCGCAGCCAGGGCAUCACCAACUACCGGGGGGGAAUCCCCGCCUCGCUCUUCCCCACCGGCCAGCAAUGGGACUUCCCGAACGCGUGGUCGCCCUACCAGAACUUGAUCAUCAUAGGUUUGGACAAGUCCAAAAAUGGAACGGCCAUCGAAGAGGCCAGGCAGUUGGCGCACAAAUGGGUGAACUCCAACAUCAGGGCCUGGCACGAGAACAAGGUUAUGUUCGAGAAGUACAACGCGCAGAACAGCGGCCAAUUCGGUGGUGGGGGGGAGUACCACAUACAGGCGGGAUUCGGGUGGAGUAACGGUUGCGUUUUGGAGCUGAUCCAUCUGUAUUUCAGAACCAAGACCAGGAAAUAUAUGGGUGGAUUUCAAUGAAAUAUACGGUUGCUCAAAAAAAUGGUUUGCAUUGAAAAUAAACGAAACCGUAGAAGGUUCACGUCACAUUUUUUUGUUUCUGAAUAGACACAUACAACUGACUAUUAAUGCAUUUGUAACUGUCUAUUCAG